AUGGCACUAGGAAAUGAUACCCACAUCCAUGAGUUCAUCCUCGUGGGAUUCCCCACCACUCCAGAGCUACAGGUUCUGCUGUUUGUGCUUUUCCUUGCUGUGUAUUUGCUGACUGUGGCUGAGAACAUCGUUAUCAUCACUUUAAUCAUCACCAACCACCAGCUCCACAAGCCCAUGUACUUUUUCCUGGGCCAUCUAGCUUUCCUAGAGGCCUGCUACAUUUCCGUCACCGUUCCCAAGCUGCUGCUCAGCUUGGUGGUGAAGAGUAAGAGCAUCUCCUUCACAGGCUGCAUGGCCCAACUCUACUUUUUCAUUGCCCUGGUGUGCACCGAGUGUGUCCUCCUGGCUGUCAUGGCCUACGACCGCUACGUGGCCAUCUGCACCCCCCUGCACUACGCGCUCACCAUGAGCCGCAGGCUCUGCGUGCAGCUGGCCACGGGCUCUUGGCUGCUUGGCUUUCUGGCAUCUGUGCUCAAGGUCUUCUUCAUUUCCCAGCUCUCCUUCUGCGGUCCCAGCGUCAUCAACCACUUCUACUGUGACGUCAGCCCGCUGCUCAACCUCUCGUGCACCAAGCGGCGAGUUGCUGAGAUGGUGGACUUCAUCUCGGCCUUGUUUAUUUUGCUGAUUCCCCUCUCUGUCAUUAUAAUUUCUUACAUCUACAUAAUCAGCACCAUUUUGCUCAUUCCCAAGGCCCAGAACAGGACAAAAGCCUUCUCCACCUGUGCUUCCCACCUGGCUGUGGUCAUCAUUUUCUUCUCAGCCACCCUCUUCAUGUACGCCCGGCCCAGGAGUAUAAACUCCAGGGAUCUCAACAAGCUGGUUUCCAUCAUUUAUACCAUAGUCACUCCAAUGCUAAAUCCAUUCAUUUACUGCCUCAGGAACCGGGAGGUAAAGGACACUUUACUGAAGGCCUUGUGCAGCAGGGCUGCUCUCCCCAGAGUUUCUGCAUCCGGUCACUGA